AUGACAUCCUUGAAGGCUCUCGAUAGCACCGACUCCUACACGAUCGCCUGGAUUUCUGCCCUGCCUAUCGAACGGGCGGCCGCAGAGGCCAUGCUCGACCAAGAUCAUGAGCCUCCGACUAUAUCGCUAGACACGACUAGGGUGUACGGGACUUCGUCAGCGGCGACGACUGCCUCGAGCCUUCUUGCCUCUCUACCGUCGAUCCGUAUUAGCCUUUUAGUUGGAAUCGGCGGUGGCAUCGCUCGACCCAGUAAGGACCAAGACAUCCGCCUAGGCGACAUUAUAGUUAGCCAGCCGGAUAGGACGAUAGGCGGGGUGUGCCAGUACGACCUGUUCAAGGCAGAGGCUAGCGGUAAGCGCGAACGCAAAGGCUUCCUAGGACGGCCUCCGAUAGUUCUACUUAACGCGUUUAGCCGUAUUCAGGCUAAUCACGAGCGUAAGGACUUCAAGGCUCCUUACUAUCUAUAA